CUAUAACCAUAUCUUUGAGAGAACGAUCAGUAUGAAUUAUUAAUAGAAUCAGUAAAUUCCAUAUAUAGGCAGCAACAUAUCAAGUCAACGCCACUCAAGAAAGAAAACAUGACAUCACUUCCACGUCACAUUCCAAUAUGUCCAUUUCCUUUAAGAAGGUAUUCACACACCAAUUCCCUAUCAUAACAAUCUUAACUCUUUUCAUUUUCUUCCUCUCUUCAAAACUUUCCAAAAAAGAAAAACAAAACAAUCAACACUAUGUAUCGAUACAACAAUCAUCAUCAUAUGGAGGAAAACACUUCUAGUAGUAAUUAUAUGUACAACCAUUUUCCAUUUACUACUUCACAAACAUUGCCACUAGCCUCUACUUUACCACCUCCACCUUUGUCAAUUCCUUCAGUACAUAAUACUAUUGAAUUUGACUCAAUAUCCCCAUUGAAGUCAGAAUUUUGUAACUAUAAUAGUAGUAGUAGUUGUAGUAGUUAUGGUUCUCCAGCUACAAGUUAUAAUAAUGAUCCAACAAGUUUGAUUCAAAGAAGCAUAAGCAGUCACUCACUACUUGUCAAGAAUAUGGAAGGAUUUUGCCCAAUUGUUUCUUCACCAACUGGUUUUCAUGACUCAGAAACCCCUAGCUCCGUCAGGAAAGUUUUAAGCACCGGCGAUUUGCAGGUAAUGCACCUGAUGCAGUAUAAUAAUUACCGUUCAGAAAGUCCAUUAUCCAGUGAGAGUAACAGCAUAAUUGAAGGAAUGAAUAAAGCUUGCAAAUACAGUCCACAAGAGAAGAAAGAACGCAUUGAAAGAUACAGAAGCAAGAGAAAUCAAAGAAAUUUUAACAAGAAGAUUAAGUAUGAGUGCAGGAAAACUUUAGCAGAUAGUAGACCUCGGAUAAGAGGAAGAUUUGCAAGAAAUGAUGAAAUUGAGACGAAUCAUCACCAGAAUGAAUAUUGGAAUCAAUCAAGAUUAGAGGAAUUAGGAGAAGAGGAUGAUGAGAAUUGGAUUGGAUUUCUUGACGCCUUUAUUCCAUAAUCAUAUGUAAUUAUAUUAAGGGAAGAAAAUAUUCAAAAAGUAAAAGAGUUCCUCAAGUUUUAAUGUUAAGGAACUCCUCCAUUCUGUGGUAGUUAUUGUUUCCUCGUUUAAUUAGUGAUGUUUAAUUAAGAAUUUAUUUUAGAAUUUAAAUUGGAUUAGUGAUGUUAUGUAAA